AUGCUUUUCCUCCAAAGGGAUCGCGCCACGGCUGACCAAUGGUACAACGUGCGAAGGACGCUGAACCUGGACAGCGUCCAUAACAAGAUGCGUUUUACCAUUUCAAACUCUCCGUCUCUGCGUGAAGAUGGGGUGGUCGCUCUGGGACCUCUGCAGUUGACCAUGGGAGAAUGCGACGUUCCUACAGACGGACUAGGAUAUUGUGAUUUCGAGUUCGACACCUGCGGUUGGACCGCUGACGCCACAUGGACGAGGCAAAUCUCCGUUAGACCAAUGGAUGUCACAGAUGCGCUCUCAGGACCAGAUAAUUCAAUUUAUGCCUUGACAGCGAUGCAACUCAACGCACCAAAGGACGGAGCCUUGCUCACUAGCCCGAAGUGGUCAGGUCAAAGUCAACCUCAGUGCCUGGAGUUCUGGUACGAGCAUGACGGAUUUUUUUACCCAAAUUUACAGGUGGAAGUUAAAACGGAUGGUAAGAGUGAGGUUGUGUGGCAGGCGCCAUCAUACCCCAGGAAUGACUGGCUGCUCUCACGGGCACAGAUUUCGCAGGAUAAAACAUUCCAGGUGGUAUUCCGGGCCAAAUUUGAGGGCGACAUGGCUCAGUUUGUUAGCCUGGACGACGUCGUCCUGCGCCCAGAGCCCUGCGUCCACGUCGCCGAGUGCGACUUCAGCGAAGGGCUUUGCGGCUACGUGAACCAAUUUCAAGCGAACUUCCAAUGGCUCGUGGGAACGGGUCGCUAUGAGCGGCCUGAACUUCAACCAGCCGUGCCCAAUGCAAGAGAUACCCCUCCAUUCGCCUACCUUGACUUGACCACGAAUGCGUCAUACACGGUUGGUCCGGUUACAAAGAGGACGCAAGGGGCUCCCAAUACAGCCGUGCUUCGUAGCUCUCUCUUUGACGUCACGAACAACAACACCCAACUGGCCAUACGGUACUACAGACGAGGACCAGAUAUAACUACAGCCAAUGUCUCAGUCACCUGUUACGGGAAAGCUUCCGACAAGGCCCCACCCGAGGUGCAGUCACUUGUAGAAGUGGAGGAAGUAUCACAGUGGACAACAGUUAAAGUCCCACUCAACGAGGGCACGGGCUGUCAGGUAUCAGUGAUGGUGACUCGAGGGCCAGGUACCAACGGCGCGAUGGCCAUCGCCUCCGUAAAGAUCACAUCAUCGGAGCCAGAAAGAUGGAGGUUAGUAGCCGUGGCAGCGUAG